GAGACUUAAAUUAGAGGGAGCAGAGCAGAGGAGAGAGACAGAGGUUAUGGCGGCGUUGCAGAGAUGAAGAGAAAGAGAGAGAGAGAGAGAGCUGUAAUUCUUCUGGGGGAGUGUUAAAUAAAUGACAACAGCUAUAUUGUUCAGAGGAGAGAGAGAUAGAGAGAAGGGAGGAGGGAGAAGGAGGAGAGAAUUGAAAGCGGGAUUAGCGCUGCAGAGUCCUCAAAGGGAAGGACGUGUGUCCCUAAUCCAAACCAGGCUUUUUGGGCAAUUACCAUACCAACACCAAAUUAAUCAGUCUUCACUCUCAGUCCUUCAUUACUUCUUUCUUUCGAGUUUCUGAGAUUAAGAGCGAGAGAGAGAGAGAGAGAGAGAGACAAAUAGGUAGUCACAAGAAAACAACAAAGAAGAAUUCCCAGAAAAAUACAAAAGAGAUUUGACACGGGACUUUGCCUGUUGCCGCUUUCUCUUAUCUUCGUCAAGUACCCAGAAGAGAGAGAGAAGAGGAGAAAGAGAGAGAGAGAGAGAGAGAGAGAGAGAGAGAGAGAGAGAGGGAAGGGGGGGUUAGUGAGGAUUAAUUAAUAAGGAACUAAUCGUACCCAUUUGAUGAUAAUUGGGUUAAAGAAGUUGAUUAAAGAGGUGAGUGAGUAUCUGAUAUGGAUUUUCUGUCACAAUUGGGUUCAGGGUUAGGUUUAAAGGAGGAGCAAUGGCUGGGUUUUUCUCAUUAGGGGGGAGAGGAAACCAAGGAGAGCAAAAUCAAAAUAACCCACCUACUGAAAUUCCGCCGGAAGCUUGGUUUUGGUACAAAAAUGACGAAAUCUCCUCCUACAAGGGUUUCGAGCUAUGGCAGCAGCAGCAGCAGGAAUUCAUACACAACCGCCACAACCCACACCAGCAGCAAGAUCUUUACUCGUCAGCAGCUGGGCUAGGGGUUGGGCCGAGCAGGAGCUCAAUCAACGUAUCUGACGAGUCGUCGUCGAGAUCCGCUUUCAUGAUGAUGAGAAGCGGGGGAGGGGGAAGCGGCGGGAUGAGCUGCCAAGACUGCGGCAACCAAGCAAAGAAAGACUGCUUGCACAUGCGUUGCAGAACUUGCUGCAAGAGCCGAGGAUUUGAUUGUCACACUCAUAUUAAGAGCACUUGGGUUCCUGCUUCUAAGCGCCGGGAAAGGCAACAACAGCUCGCUGCUUUGCAACAACAAGAAGAGCAACAGCUGCAGCUCCGUGCAGAUAAUCCCAAACGCCAACGAGAAAAUCUCACUAAUACUUCAGGGUCAGAAGUGGGGAAUUUCCCCACAGAAGUGAGCUCUCCAGCGGUGUUCCGGUGCGUUCGAGUGAGUGGCAUUGAUGAUUCCGACGAACAGUUGGCGUAUCAGACGGCUGUGAAAAUCGGGGGCCAUGUUUUCAAGGGAAUUCUCUAUGAUCACGGAUCUGAAAGUGGCUAUAUGGGCGGUGAUCAUCAGAGCUCGUCUGGUGGUCCUCAACCGCUGAAUCUCAUCACCGCCGGACCCACCACCAGCAGUCCCACCAUUGGCGGGGCCUCAACCAGCGGCGGAGGCGGCGGUGCAGCUGGGUCUUCGUCAAGCGCUGCGUUUCUUGACCCAUCGUCUCUAUAUCCCACUCCGCUCAACUCUUUCAUGGCUGGUACGCAAUUCUUCCCAAACCCGAGAUCUUGAAACGACACCGCUUCGCUCCUUGAUCUCUCUGCGCUCCAACCCAUUGGUAUAAAACUGCUGAUGAAGCAAGUAGAAGAGAAAACAAAGAAGGAAAUCAUUGAAAAUGAAGGA